AUGAGAUCAACAGUGAAUGUGGCUCAUGUAGACGCGGUGCCUGUAUCGCACCCGAGCACGGUAAACAUGAUGCGCCCAGCUGUGCCGGCGAUGAACGAAGUGAAUAAUAUCUCCUCACCAACUGCCAUUGGUGCGAUACCUUCGCUGACAUGUUCAGCCGAAGUAAUACCCAACAGUGUAGCUACGAGUGCAGCGCCGUUAAGGGCGGGUGUAUCGUCUACGUCUGCCUUUUUGUCGCUCCUCCCUAACAAUCCAAUUACGCCUGCACCCCUAUUUACGCCCAUUUCGGGAAUCAAUAUGUCUGCGAUCAGCACGGCCAGCGUGUUUGCAUCCGUCGCUGAAUCUAUGCCAAGUUUUUCUCCCAGUAUUAAUGCACCUACACCCACGGCAGUGGAACGAUCGUUUGACGCUGUUUCGACAGCAGAGGGCGAACCAAAUCGGCCCCGUACACCGACCCGAGCGACCGAUGCGGAGCCAGAGGCGGACACCGAGCACCCAAACAAGCAUUCUUCUGCGAACGGUGCGACUGCUGUCGGUGAGAUCGGUGCAGCUUCGGGACUUUACAUGCUAAGCCAAGCGACAAAAAACGAGGAACAAGAGAUGGAACGAAAUGGCCUCAAGGAGCAUCAAGAAGUACCGUACCGGGAUGAUUCUCUGGGCAUGUCAGAGUUUGCCGAGGGCGAUCAUGCAAGAGGCGAACAAUCUGACACCGAAGACGAACCUUACACAAAACGGCGCAGCUUUUUGGAACGAAAUCGACAGGCCGCGCACAAGUGUCGACAGCGCAAAAAGGCAUGGCUUGUUUCUUUGCAAGCAAAAGUUGAGUAUCUGCAAUCCGACAACGAGUCGCUGCAAAGCACUGUGGAAGCGCUGCGCUCCGAAGUCAUGUACCUCAAAUCGCAACUCAUGCAGCAAAUACCUUCCCAGCUGGAGGGCGAGUCGAAGGAUACCAUGGGCGAGACUGGCCGCACUGUGCAUAACGUUGCGUACCCAUCAAUAGGCGUUGACGUCUCGGGCUCAUUUGUCGGGUACCAGUCGCAGCCGCAUAUCCCAGCGUCUCUCAUGGCGCAUCUGCCCACAGUAGGACCCAUACCUGGAACGCAGCCGCCGCAUAUUCCCACACAGACAAUUGAACGUGCGACUGGUUCCAACGCUUCGUCUGGUUCGCUCCCUGCCUAUCCCGCUUCACACACGAUUCCUCGGAUUGCGCAAAUGCCAGCAUCACAGCCAUUUAUCCCGCAAUAUGCCUCACCAUCAAAUCAAGGAUUUGCACGCACGUUACGAAGGUCAGAGUAA